UGCACCGGGCGGCAGGACUGGGCCGGAGCAUGGCGGCGCGCUGGGCUGCCUGCGGCCUGUGGGGCAGGCGCCAGGGGCGGCGGUUCAUCUCCACAUCAACUGUUUCUCGACUGACAUCAGAAGAAGUGAUUCAGAUGCGUAAUGAGCUCUUCAGCAAAGAGAAAGAAAGACAGUUGUCUCUUUAUCCACGAAUUGAGAAAAUUGAAGUAAAAUACACUGGGAAAUCGCACCCUGGGAGUGUGUUUGUAAUGAACAAAGCUUUAUCUACUCCGUACAAUUGUGCCAUGCACUUAAGUGAGUGGCAUUGCAAGAGGUCCGUUCUAGCUCUUGUGGAUGGUGAAGCCUGGGAUAUGUACAGACCCUUGACCAAAUCUUGUGAAAUUCAGUUCCUUACUUUCAAAGAUGAAGACCCAGAAGAAGUAAACAAGGCCUACUGGCGUUCCUGUGCCAUGAUCAUGGCAUGUGUAUUAAAGCGGGCAUUCAAAGAUGAAUAUUCAGUCAAUCUGAUUAGAGCUCCAGAAGUGCCAGUGAUCUCUGGGGCUUUCUGUUAUGAUAUAAUUUUGGACGAUAGACUGAAUGACUGGAAACCAACAAAUGACAACUUCCGUUCUCUUACAAGGGAUGCUGGAAAGCUGAUUCACAAAGACCUGGUAUUUGAAACACUGCAUGUUGAAUCAAAAGUGGCACGUGAAAUGUUUCAGCAUAACAGAUACAAACUGGAGAUGAUUGAACGAAAAGCUUCACAGAAUAUGGAAGGAAUUGUAGUGUUACAUAGAUUUGGUGACUUUGUAGAUGUCAGUGAAGGCCCUCAUAUUCCAAGGACAAGUUUCUGUUUCCAGUAUGAGAUAACAGCAGCCCAUAAUCUUCAGACUAACCAGUCUGAAUUGGUAAGGAGAUUCCAGGGUGUGUCCCUGCCAGUCCAUUUGAAGGCUCACCACAUCGUGUGGCACAAACUGCUGGAAAGAUCAAAGAGGCUGGUCACUGAAGAAAAAUAUUUGGAAGCAGCAGUUGAACAUCAUGAGGCAAAAGAUGGAACUGAAGAAGAAAGAACUGCAUCAGUUUAAAUUAACUUUAAAUGUACAUAAUAAAAUGUGUAUUUUUA